AUGGCAGAACAGAAGGAACCUUCGAAGGAAUCCCUAAGCUCAUUCGUUGAAAAGACAAGCCCAAAAUGCGCCGAGUAUGACAAAAUUCUUGGUCGAAACGUUCUAGUGGCUCCCACCGAGGAGCAGUACGAAUUGCUGGCGAAAAGACUAAAACAGCAACUUGGAGAAGGCCGUGGUGAAGUUAUACUUGAACUUGGUGCUUCUGAAGAUGGCAGUGAAAAUGGACUGUUAGAUGAUGAACUUGGACCAGCUGAGGCUACCUUGCAUUCUCUGGCCCGUAGUUUGAGUUGCAGUUGUGUUAGGCUACGUGAACGAAAAGAAACUAGGGGAGUGGUUGUGCAAUAUUUAAUAAGAAAGGUUUUGGAUCAAAGUGACUUUUUGGAAAUUCGUGUAGCAGUUGUAGGAAAUGUAGAUGCAGGAAAAUCUACAUUAUUGGGCGUUUUGACUCAUGGAGAGUUAGAUACUGGUCGAGGAACAGCUAGGCAGAAACUAUUUCGACAUAAACACGAAAUGGAGUCUGGAAGGACAAGCUCAGUGGGAAAUGAUAUUCUUGGAUUUGAUAGUGAAGGAAAUGUGGUAAAUAAACCUGAGCAUGGCUCAUUGGACUGGGUGAAAAUUUGUGAAAAGAGCUCUAAAGUAAUCACGUUCAUUGACUUAGCUGGUCACGAGAGGUAUUUGAAAACUACUGUUUUCGGUAUGACAGGACAUGCUCCAGAUUUUGGAAUGCUGAUGGUUGGUGCCAAUGCAGGUAUUAUUGGAAUGACAAAGGAACAUUUGGGUUUAGCCCUAGCAUUGUCAGUGCCAGUAUUUGUAGUUGUUACUAAAAUCGAUAUGUGCCCAGCAAAAGUUUUACAGGAUAACUUGAAAAUGCUGGUGAAAAUCCUGAAGUCCCCUGGGUGCAGAAAAGUACCUGUUAUGGUUAAAUCUUCCGACGAUGUGGUUCUCAGCGCCACAAACUUUGUAUCAGAAAGGCUAUGUCCCAUUUUCCAAGUCUCUAAUGUGACCGGUGAAAACUUAGGCAUAUUAAAAACCUUCUUGAAUUUGCUAACAACGAAAAUGGAAUACCACGAAAAUGAACCUGCAGAAUUUCAGAUUGAUGACACUUAUUCUGUUCCUGGAGUGGGAACAGUUGUAUCGGGAACAACUUUGAAGGGAGUGAUAAAAUUAAAUGACACGCUUAUGUUGGGACCAGAUCCAUUGGGACAUUUUAUACCCAUUUCAGUGAAAAGCAUCCACAGGAAGAGAAUGGCUGUGAAGGAAGUUAGGGCAGGACAGACUGCCAGUUUUGCACUUAAGAAGGUGAAAAGGUCUCAACUUCGUAAAGGUAUGGUCAUGGUGUCCCCAGCUCUUAAUCCACAGUCAUGUUGGGAAUUCGAGGGAGAAAUAUUGGUACUGCAUCAUCCAACCACUAUCAGUUCCCGAUACCAGGCAAUGGUCCAUUGUGGAAGUAUUAGACAAACAGCAAGCAUCAUCAAAAUGUCAAAGGAUUGUCUCAGAACCGGCGACAAAGCUCUAAUUCACUUCAGAUUCAUAAAACAUCCAGAAUACAUGACUUCAGGACAAAGAAUGGUAUUUAGGGAGGGUCGUACAAAGGCUGUUGGAAAUGUUGUACGCAUAAUUACCCAAACAUCUCCGGUUCAUCAAGGAACCAGACCUAAACAAACUAAACAACAACGAUUUGGACAAGGACAACAGAAAAAUGGCAGAAGAGAAAAUGAAGCUAAUGACAACGCUAUGGAUGGUGAGGAGAAAGAGUAUUAUCUGUCAGAAAUAGCUGCAUCAAAAACUGAUACUCUUGAAGGAGGCUCUGAUAAGAGGGAUUCACAGUCCCAAGGGCUGGGAUGUAAGAAGGGUAGAGGUCGUAGGGGAGGGAGAGGCAAACCUCUCAAUAAAAACCUGAGUGCAGAUAAUUCAGCCAUGUCUUCACCUGCUCAGGUAGCUAAUCGAAGUACUAGUAAUUUUGCGCAAUAA